CUCGUUGUUCUCUGGGCAGCCUUGGCUUUGUGGUACGAAGCCCCGGAAUUCUCACAUUCUUGUCUGAAGAAACGAAACCAUGAAGUACACUGUCCUUGCAUCCCUUUUGGCUUCGGCCACGGCUUUCGCCCCCUCCAACACUGCCUCCACAAAGAGUUCCACCUCUUUGUGCGAGUCUAAGGCUGACUUGGAAGCCCUUGCCGCCAAGUGCAACCCUGUCGUCAAGUACUUCGACCCCCUGAAUAUCGGAGAUGGCGAUGAAGCCACCAUCGCCUGGUACAGACAUUCUGAGAUCAAGCACGGCCGAGUUGCCAUGGCUGCUUUCGUUGGAUACUGCGUCCAAUCGAACUUUGUCUUCCCUUGGGCACAAACCAUGGCUGGUGAUGCCCACCCAUCCAUUGAUCUUACACCAGAAGCUCAAUGGGACGCCAUCCCAUUCCUUGCCAAGGCCCAGAUCCUUGCUUUCGUUGGAUUCCUUGAAAUGUGGGACGAAUCCGGAGCUGGUGGUCUCCUUCCUCACUACACUGCUGGACGCAAGCCCGGACAGUUCCCCGAGUUCAAGAGUGACGGAAAGGACAGCUUCCUUCACCCUGUUCUGAACUUGUACGACCCCUUUGGUUUCCGCAAGAACCUUUCAGCAGAAAAGAAGGAAAGGGGAUUGGUUGCUGAGAUCAACAACGGCCGCCUUGCCAUGCUUGGAAUCUUCGGUUUCAUCUCUGCCAACAAGGUUGCUGGAUCUGUCCCCAUCGUUGCAUCUCUUGGUGCCGCCCCUGGAUACGAUGGACAGUCUUUCGCUCCAUUCGAGGCCCACUACCACUGGUUUUAAGUACGUAGUGAGCAGCUAGAUGGCAGCACCCAUGAGGUACAGGACUCUUGUGCCGCAGAACUGCACUCAAGUAACCAUGUCAUGCAUAUAGAGGGAGUAGUGUAAAGCUUAUCUUUAGAACGGUUUAGUCACACACCC